AUGCAUCCCAUCCAAAAAGACACAGAUCCACCACACACCGAGAGAGCACAUCUCUCCCAACAUCCCCAAACAAAUCACGAGAACCCAUGCAAAUGCCUUCAUCAAAGUCCAGCCUCACCAGGCAAGGAGGUGAAUCUGAAAAUUGUGAAAAAUCAAGACGACUUCAAGCAUCACCGUGUCAAUAUCAUAUUCAACGCUUUUCUGGAGAUUAUCUUCUUCGAGCAAGUACCACAAAAUCCUCUCGGACGGCACCACCGAGAAAGACUGCGUUUAUCGGAUUUGAUAGGGAGUCGGGCAAGCAUAGAAGCAAGAUCAUCAUCAUCUUCUUCUUCCCCUUUUGUCCAGGACGUCCACCACCAGACAACCCCAACUUCUAGCACUAACUCAAGUCCCAAAUCCCAAAAUCAAUCUCAAUCCCAAUCUCAAAAAGAAUCAACCCUCCACCACCCCCCUUCCAAACCCAACUUCCCACUCACCAGCCCAGACGGAAACUGGCUCCCUCUCAACUCCAUCUCACUCACCAGAUUACACGAUCAUCUACACCUCAUUUCCCACUCAUUCAAUCAUUCAAGCCAUACCAUCUGGUGGGAUCCUCGGCCAUGGAACACCGGUACAAAUAGCAUGAGUGAUAUUCACCACACGGUCAAGGGUGGUACCAAGCAGGGUCGCUUCCCCGUCACGGACCAGCGGAAUUUAGUCUGGGCUGUGUACCGGAGCUUUGAUGCACCCUGGCAUCGGUGGCGGGGUCGUAGGGUGAGUGCGGAUUCGCCGGUUGCGUGUGCGUGUGCGUGCUCAGAGGAGGAGUUUGGGGGGUUGCCGCGGUUUUCGAUUAUUGUUCGGUGUAAAAAGGUGGAGGGGGAGAAGGGCAAGGUUGAGGAUGAGGAUAGGAGUGGGGAUGUCGAGGCUUGUGCUCAUGAUGAUAUGGAUUUGAUGAUGGAUGGGAUUGGCAAUGAUGGUGUCGAUGAUUGUGCGAACGAGUUGAAUAGUAAUGCCUUGGAAUGUGCGAUGCAGAUCGAUAUCGACGAGGGGAAUGAGAGACUGGCAGGGGACAUUGUUCGGAGCGAUGAGCUGGAGAAGAUCCUUUGUGCGAUUAUCAAUGAGCCGCUUCUUGGGCAGGCAUCGCAAGGGGUGCAGUGGUGA